AUGACUUCGUCCCCGUGUGGAAUGCUGGAGUGCUUCGCCAACAAGGCAGAAUCGACUGACUCUGGCAUUGCCGUCGAUAUACCGAACAAGGAUAAGAAUGUCUUGGACGAUGAUACACUGGUGGAUGAAACCACUGAUACCGGUAUAGGGGAGAUUGAUUCCGUGAUACGUAGUCCUAGCAGCGGUGGGGGACUGACCCAACUUAGCGUGAAGAGCCACGGCGCAAAACCAGCAAAUGGCGAAGCAUUGCAAGGCUUCGAAAACGAAUUGUCAGAGAAUGCUGCUCCCAAGCGCAACCGAAAUCCCAUCUUUCCACUCUGGUCCCAGUUCACAAGCAUUUUUCACAGCAUGAUCCAAUCGUUUGUUGUUUCGGUAGCUGUUGCUUCUGCUCGUAGGCCAAAAAUAACCAUCCUGUCAGUCACAAUGAUAUCGUUUGGACUGCUCGCUGCGGGAUGGUUCACAAAUUUCAACAUCAACACGGACGAGCAAGAGAUCUAUGCACCCUUCAAAUCCAGAACGAAAACUCAUUCCGAAUGGAUCAAUAACGAAUCUGGGUUUCCGGGCAAUGCUCGUGUCUUCACUGUGUCCUUGCACGCCGACGGUGACAACGUUCUGGGAUCAGACUACAUUCGACAAGUCUUCCAAGUGGUCGAUUCGGUCCGAGCCAUUGAAGGCUACGACCAUGUUUGUUCGCAAGGAGACUAUGUGAACUUUGAUGGCGACGUAACGUGUAAGAUUGCAUCUGUAUCGCGAUUCUUCAAGCAUGACAUUGACGUUUUCGAAGAAGUCUACGAGGAAGGAGGCGAGGAGGCGAUCACCAAGGUCAUUUCUGCAGAUACAUACGAGAACUUGACGCCCGUCGACACUGAUAUGAUUCUGGGCAACUACGUGGACGAUCCCGAUACUGGCUUGAUUGAAUCGGUCGAUUCGUACCUUGUGUUCUUCUUUCUGGCCAACAAGGACAAAGAAGGAUUGGAGAAAUUAGAAGGCCUCAUGAUGGACAAAAUGGCGCAAAUGCAAGUAGAGUGGGACAAUGAUGCAAGCCCACUCAAGCUGGAAUACUUUGCCAUGAGAUCCUAUUCGGAUGAAUUUCAACGGGCUAUCGAGAAAGAUUUGUACCUUCUUCCGAUUGUCUUCUUCCUGAUGUCAGGCUUUACAUGCCUUGUGUUCUUCCGGUGUGAUCGAGUGCAGUCGAGAUCCUUACUAGGAAUUGGAUCGGUUGUCACAAUUCUUCUUGCCAUCAUGAGCAGUUUCGGCAUCUUGUUCAUGAUUGGAGUACCAUUCACUAGUAUGACACAGAUUCUUCCAUUUGUUGUGUUCGGUGUGGGGCUUGAUGACGCAUUCAUCAUCACUGGAGCGUACUUUCGAACGGACCCUGACAAGGAACCCGAGGAGAGGAUUCGUGAGGCUAUGGAGGAGGUGGGCCUCAGCAUCUCUGUUACAACGAUCACAACCAUGGUUGCUUUCAUGUUGGGGCUCCUUUCAACAAUCCCCGCAAUCUAUUGGCUGAACUUGUAUGCUUUCCCAACGAUUGCUGUGGAUUUCUUGUUCCAGAUCACAUUUUUCGUUGCCCUGAUUGUUCUCGAUGAACGCCGAAUUCAAGCGAAUCGAAUGGACUGCUGCACGUGCAUAACUUCAAAGAAGGUCUCGGAAGAUUGGGAAUCUGACAUCGCAGCGCCUAAUCAAACUCGAACAAGGAAGACAGUUUCGGAAAGGUUCAUGGCUUGGUAUGCAAGAAAGCUUCUCCGUCCAUGGGUGAAAUUUGUAGUUGUGGUUUUGUUUCUAGGCUACGCAGGGUUUUGCUCCUAUACGACAACAAAGCUGACCCAAGAAUUCGACUUUGCCGACCUUCUACCCGCUGACUCGUACGUGAAAGACUUUCUGUAUUCCAUUGAAACCUACACUACUCGAGUCCUUGGAGUAGGCAUCUACUUUCGUGGCGACCAUGACCAAAUGGAUCCGGACAUGCAACGGCAGAUGAAAAACUAUGUCGACGAACUCUCAGCACUCCCUCAAUUCAUUGAUGAUCCACCCUUCUGCUGGUUCCGAGACUUUGAAGAGUUCAUGAACUCGUCCUUGGCGAAAGGAGUGGGACUCGAAAACAUGACGUAUACUGAGCAGCUCGACUACGCCUUUUCCGUUCCUGCCAUCAAAGAAACAUAUGGGAAGCAUGUUGUUCGUAACGAGAGUGGGGCGAUUACGGCGUCCCGUUGUUUCACUUACGCCGAAAACGUCGACUUGAAGGUUGUCAAGGACCAGAUUGGCAUUCUCCAAGCUCAACGAGAAGUCACUGCCCGCCAACCAAUAAACCAGGGAACCAAAGAUUGGAGUUUCUUCACGUUUGACCGAGUGUAUUUCAUAUGGGAAUUCUAUGCUGUUGCAGUGGAGGAACUGAUUUAUACGACUAUCAGUGGUGUUGCGGCUGUUUGUGCCGUCGGCUUCCUCUUCUUCCCGCAUUGGACAGGUAUAUUUUUUGUUGGGCCUCUGAUUGCCAUGCUCUACAUCAACCUGCUUGGAACGCUUCAAUGGGCAGGGCUCCAUAUCAAUGCGGUUACCUACAUCUGCCUGGUUAUCUCGAUUGGACUCAUGGUUGAUUUCAUCGUCCACGUUCUUUUGCGGUACUACGAAUCAUCAAAACGGACGAGAGAGGACAGAGUAAGGGAUACUUUGGAGACGAUGGGAGCCUCAAUUUUGGUGGGGGGUCUCUCUACGUCUCUCGGUGUUUUGCCAUUGGCCCUCAGCACAAGCAACAUACUGAGUACAGUUUUCAUCAGCUUUUUCGCCAUGAUUGCAUUGGGGGUGACCCACGGACUGGUGUUCCUUCCUGUGCUUCUUUCCAUUUGCGGUCCGACCGGAACGAUGGAUUCGGUCGACAUCAUAGAAGAAGGCGAUCUAGUCUUGAAGCCCCAGAGCGGGAGCGACACGGACCAGUCAGAUGAUGACAGUGACAAGACGACGGGUUUCAACGUCAAGGCGCAAUCGAGCUACAACUCCGAGCCUUCACAUCAUGAGGUUCUCCAUUCCUCCAGAACGAUGCGGGAAGAAAGUUUGGAAGUGGUUCAGUGGAGUACUACGAUGGCUUGGAUAUGA